CAUUUAUUGCCAGGAUUGUUGUAUAUCAUAACAUAAUCACUGCCGAAUGUGUUUGUUUUGUAAUUAAAGCCACAGUAAGAAACUAAUUCUGUUGUGGUUUGGUUGUAAAUAAGUCUGAAACGUCCUUUGAGUACAUUAUUCAACAAAUCCACGUUAAUAUUGACAUAGGAUAAUACGAAUAUCGGCUGUAUCUACUUUUCACAGCCUUUGAUGCAGUAUGGAGACGGGGUAUGAAGACCCGAGAGUCCCACCCCUCGACAUAUCUGAUGAUGUGGGGGAGGAGUUUUAUCAAAGUGACGAGGGAGAGGGGCAACUCAAGAUCCUCUCAACCAUCCCAGAUAUCAGGAAAGAGGCAGGUAUUUUCAUCAGCCCAGAUGGACAUAAAAAGAGUGCAAAAGUUCGGAAAAAGAGUUCACGGGUUCAUUUAAGGAGUCCGGAUUUAACUCAGGACCCGGAUGGAAUGACAAAUAAUCAAACUGAGUUUCCACUUAUCGAAGGAAAGAAUGUGACCAAGAGACCGAAUGUGGGCGGGGCAUCUGAUCCCGAUGUGGGGUUUUGUGGGAUGGGUGACCCCAAAAAAGGAAAGGUUGUUGAUCAAGAGGAACCGUCUGAUGACGUGUACAUAUCGGUGCCAUCAACGGCAGGACACACCUCAGUCAACGAGGAUGACGGCUACGACACUGAUCUGGGGGACAAGGACGAGUUCCGCCACAAGGAGUUGGAACAACAGCUCCUGAUCUGUCGAGAGAACACAGACAUCGGCCACCUCUCAUACGAGGAAGCAUGCAAGACUCAUGGGGCCACGCCCCUCAGGAGGGUCGUGUCACAGCUAUGGCUUACGAAAAUGCAACUGCAGCACGUGGGACUAAACGUCAAACAGGUCAAGGCCAUAUGCGCGGGACUCGUGGAAAACACAAAAGUAGAGGACCUUGACCUUGAAGGUAAUGGUAUGGACGGCGCGGGCAUCGCUCUCAUCUCGGACCUCCUGAAAAAGAACACGUUCAUCUCCCGAGUGAGUCUGAAGGCCAACACAUUGGAAAACAAGGGUUCAGUGGCGCUUUCAGAUCUGCUACAGUUGACAACUACCAUCACACAGCUUAACUUGCACAGUUGCCAGAUAGGUGACCACGAGAUACUCCACCUGGCAACAGGCAUACAGAACAACGAGAGUAUGAAUUGGCUGUCUUUGAGUCACAACAAGAUCGGCAUCCUUGGAGGUAUUCAACUUGGAAGAGCGUUGGGUGUGAACAACUACCUGGAGUAUGUUGACGUCAGUUGGAACCAGAUCAGAACAAGCGGUGCCGUGUCCGUCUGUAAGAGUCUGCAGAAAAAUCACACUAUUCGGAAACUGGACGUAUCGUGGAAUGGUUUUGGAUUUGAAGGCAGUCUGGCCAUAGGGGAAUCCCUGAAGAUGAACAGAACCCUGAAGGUGCUGGAUAUGGCUAACAACAGGAUCAACUGGGACUGUGUGCCUUACAUCGGCAGGGGGAUCCGAGCAAACAGGUGUCUCGAGGUGCUUGACCUCGGCCAUAACCCGCUGUCGAUGGAGGGGUGUGACGAGCUCCUAGAUGCAAUAGCUAAACCAACCUGUUGUCUCAGACAUCUAGGAUUAGAGAACAUACCAAUCAACUCCAAGGUUGCCUUCAGUGCAACGGAGAUCUCCCGCACCCGGAAGUUCACUCUCCAUCACGGGGGCAUCCUCAGCACUCACGACAUCAUCGGCAUUCAGAGAGUGAAGCGCCAAGACCCCAUGUCGCUGCUAACAAGAUAUUUAGGCACAAUUGGGAUCCGAGUCGUCGAUCUGUUUCGAAUGUUCGAUACGGAAAAUAGGUUUUACGUGUCGAAAGAAAAGUUUAUCCGAGGGCUUAAGCGUGUACGAGCGCCCUUAGACGAAGAAGAAAUGCAGGCAGUUGUGAAGAGGAUCGGGAUGAGCAAGGGAGGGCAGAUAAACUACCAGUUACUCGCUGCAGGUGUAAGGAAGCACAUUCGUGACGAGCGAAAGGAAGAUAUGAGACAGGAAGCGUUGGAACGGAAACGCCGUGAGGAUCGACGGCGCAUCUUACAGUCAGAUGCCAUCAUUUCCGCGCCUGAGUCUGGCUACUACUUCCCUUCAAUGUACAACAUCUAUGGCACGCGGUUUAUUGGACGCCCUACGGAGGGCACUUCCAGCCUCAGCAGACAGAACUCCUUUGCUAACGUUACAACCCCUGGAAGCUUCUUGCCCAAAAUCUUCUCUGAAAGUCCUCGAAGUCUGAUCGCUGUGAGCGAGACCGAAUCUCUCCGCCAAACACCUGCAGAGACAAUGAGGAUAAACAAGAAAAAGAGGACCCGGUCGAAGUCGGUGACAAGUCAGAAAUCAACCAAGUCAGAAAUGAGUGGAAGUAGUGGUGGUGGAUACCUGCCGCCAUUGUCUAGUCUCAAUCUCAGACAUGAUAGUCCCUGAAUGUCUCGUACCUGCUACUGGACCAAGAGUCUUUGAGAACAACCUGAUCAACACUGAACCUUCCCAGCUAUCGCCUCUGUCAUGGUAUAUUCCGUCUGGGGUGAACUAGAACCGUUUUUAUUCAACUGUACAGACCUUGAUCUGACUCAGGACAGGUGCUUCCGGUAAAGCAAGAUGAGCUCUCCAUUUUUCGCAGACACCUGGUGUCAUUGUUGGACAAUGAUUCUUGGGUUUGGGGCUAAAUAUGUGACUCUAUUUAGACAUGUGGCAGGAUUACAAACAUGAAUACCACAGAGACUUUGAUGUUUAGAUUUUCUAUUACUGUCUGUGAUCAGCAUUAAUAAACUUCUUUUGACUAAGGAGAGGUUAUGAACUGUAUAUGUGAUAUUCAUAUUAUAAUAAU